AAUGUAAAUAGCAAAGUGCUAUGCCUAUUUGAAACAUGGGAAUUCCCGGCUUCGUCAAACGAGGCCCUUUGUUAUGACCAAGAGAUUUUCGUGAAAAAGUUCUAAUGAGCCAUUCCUGUGAGUGACUCAGGCGUCCUAGUAUAUCUUGUCCCCUUCUCCAGCAUUUUCAAUCAUUUUGGUCAAAUUUCAUCACUGGUAGAGGAUGUCGUCUGCUGAUUGUAACAUCGUCUGUUUAUUCAUAGUCUUGACGUUAGCGUUCGUCGUCUGCUCGGGAGCGACUUGCAGCUACGACUGUACCGUGGAUGACGCCGAUCUAUCCUGCUGGAGAGAGAACAUCGAUGUCUUCUCUAACAUUAUCCUAGACGCCGUCAACCAGCGGGUAAUUGUAGCUAACCAUAUCGGGGAAUGGAAGAGGAAACGUGCGCUACCCAUAUUCGACCCGAGCAGAGCCAACGCAGUGCUUGAUGGAAUAGUCGCCCGCAACCAGGGUCCCAUGCCUGACGAGUCCAUGAGAAUCAUCUUUGACAACAUCGUGAACCAGACAACAAUAUACGAAGAGAAUUUCAAAGGAACGCCCGCGAAAUACGCAUGUCCAGUGCCAUGUCUUUACGACGGAAUGCAGCCCAUGUUGGUGGCUGUGAUAAUCAUCCAGACUGUGAUGCUAGUUGUCCUUUUAGGAGUUGCGAUAUUUUUGAUCACCUAUUUCAAGAGACACAAAGUCACAACUGAACCUAACCUAAUGGAAAAAUGACAAUGCGCUGAGAAACAGAAGACGAAUUAAAUACAUUUUCAAAAACCUUUAUAUGCAAGAUUCAUUGUCAUGUCAGAAUAACUUUUUAUAGCUCAGGUCAGCGGAAAACUACUCCAGGGAACUCUCACGCGAAGUUACACGUUCGUUUUGGCUAGACUCCUCUGCAGUCCAUGAUCCAUUUCGUAAUACUGAUCGUCAUGACGACGCUUGUCCACUGCCUCGGGAGUGUAGUUUUGGCCGGUGCGCCGAAUAGUUGCCUGGCUAGACUGGCCUGGUGAUUAAGGAUUCUAAUGUACCCUUUUAAUCUGAGGUCUUCGAUCUCUAUAUCCCUACACCUUAAUUGUUCAUUGUACCGCGUUGUCAUCUGAUCAUGAUUCAAUUUUCAAUUCAUACAUGGUUAUCAUUUUUCCAGUACUGUAAAAUGCCCAGGGGCCGUUGAAGUUGACAGCGAUUUUGCACUGAUAUGUCUGUCACAGGGUGUUGUUAUUCUGUGGGUAUUUUUACUCUGAAGCACAACAAAGCAAUGAUGUGACCAGAGUCAGCACUUACAAUACAUGCGGCAUGCUACAUCUACAUGCAUAUAUCAGGUUCGUUUUCUGACUCUACAAGCGAUGUUUUUACCGGUAUUUUAUACAUUUUUGUGCCGAGUGGCUAUUUUUCGUAUAUAGAUAACGGUAUGUGAAUCAUGUUGUCUUUGAUGAAAACCUUGAGAUAUUCAUGUCACAUAAUAUAUUACAGACUUA